AUGUAUGAUAAUGAUCCCAAGUCCCGUGCUAUGGAUCUCCCUGUGUGCCCAGAAGAGAACAUACACCUGCGUCCUGGUCAGGACGCUAUUGUACGAAUUUGGUAUGGCCAGCCCAACCCUCGACGUGAGUUGGUGUGGGCUGGGAGAGGAAAAAACUGGGACUCUCCGGUUGUGCGUAUUGUGGAGUACGGACAGUUCCCAGGACAGCCUGGAUUCGUUCGCCCUGGCAAAGCGCGGUAUGAAGAAUGGCAACAACUAAUCCAUGAGUGUACCGUGUCACGCCAAGCACGGAUGCGUGCUGAGCGGUUAGAGCAGAUUCUCAGGGAAAGGGAGCCUCCGUGUACCCAGACCCAGAGAUACCAGUGGCCUACCAAGCUCUUAAUGCGCCCACAGUCCCAAGUCACUGAAGUGAAGAUGGUAAAGUUGCAAGAGAAACCGAAACCAUUGGACAUGACGCUCAAGAUCAUUCGGAAUUCAGCGGUCGUCAUGAACACGGUCGCGAUAGGCCCCGAGGAGCCUGAGACCCGUCCUGAGCCGGUAGAACAGACCCAUCCCGACUCGAGUCCAGAAGUUGAGACUCUGAAUCCAGAGAGUAUGACAGAUGUCGAGAAUGACGCUCAGGUCCCUGAACCGUCAGUGGACGCCCAGUCACAGGCGAGCUGUUCGACACCAGUCCAAAGGCUGGAGGCGGAAUAUGCUCGGGUAAUGCGAGUCUCUGCCGAAGAACUGGAUCUAGAGCCCGCUGUCUACCUCAGGGAAGGAAGUGAUUUGAUGGCGCAGUUAAGAGACCACCUCAUCAUGCUCCCAGAAGUUGAGGAACUGACCCCUGAAUGCAACAUCGACGAAGCUAAUAUCGAGGUGAUGAAGCAAACAACCCCAGAGAUGGAAGCCAAGAUGAGAAGGAUCCUGAAACGCCACCGCAGCAUCUUCCUGGGAGACGGCAAUGUAGCUCCAGCCCCGGCUAGGGGCGUAGUCAAAACCAGUGGCGUUACGAGCGAGACAGAUUGCCACCCUUUCUUGGUGAAGGUGUUCGAACUCCUGAAGAAGUUGUUGGAGGCAGAGCUCAUUGAGCAUUCAGAGUACGAGUGGUCAUCACCUAUUGUGAUUGUGCUAAAGAAAAAUGGCAUAGACAUCCGAAUGUGUAUUGACUACCGACUGCUGAAUCUGCUCAUAAAGUUAUAUCGCUACCCUCUACCCUUGAUCGAUGACCUGCUGGUGGAUUUCAGAUCCGCGAUGUGGUUUAUGAGUCUCGACAUGGCGAGCGGAUUCUGGGCGGUGCGAAUGACUGAACGUGCGAAGCUGAUCUCUGCAUUUGUUUGCCCGUUCGGCCAUUUUCAAUGGCUAAGAAUGCCCUUUGGGUUGAAGAAUGCACCGUUAAUUUAUCAGAGCAUCAUCAAUAAUGGUCUGUGGGGAUUCGUCCGUCUGCCACCUGAAGAGGAAGCGUUAGUUGACCAAGAAGUUCUGGAGUUUUUGAAUCUUGAGCCGCAAGAGGUCCUGAAACCUGAGGUAGACAUGUGGUAUUCAGAGAUCCCAGCAUUAGACAUGACUGUAUUCCGACGCAAUAUCCCGUCUCCGUCACAAAUGGGCCCGGUCUUGGGAAGA